UCAUUCAUCGAGCAAAUAAGAUCCGUUAUUUAUCAAGAAUAAAUAUUUUAAUACAAACCAUAUUUAUUGCAAUUAUUGUUAAAAACAAAUAUUUAAGAAAGUUUCAAUCGCUUUCAAUAAAAUAUAAUAACUCUUAACAAGAAUUACAUAUAUUAUGAGAAAAUAAAAAUUCUCAACAACGUGUGACCGAAGUUAAUAACGGAUACAUUAUGUGUUUUGUUAAAUUCAGCUUGCGGUCACACUGUCACUUGCUUCAAGCGCUAAAAUUCCAAUGAGGCACAAGUUGAUCAAUUCGAACAGCGUCGGAUCAAUAUGGAAGAGCAAGGGUUGUUAAGUUAUGUGAAAAAAAUGGUACACUCCUUAAUCGUUUCAACACCACUGGAUAUGACUGUGGAACAAUUGAAACGUGAUUAUAUUAACGAAGAAGGAGUUGCUCUACCCUUUAGCAAGCUGGGCUUUAAAGACGUUGAAAGCUUUUUGCGUUCUAUUCCUGACACUGUUUUUGUAAGAGGAUGUGGUCCUAUGGCUCUAUUGGUGGCCAAGAAAAAUGAGAAGUCGGCUCACAUUCAAAGUUUGGUCCAAUGCCAAAAGAAGCCAAGUGUAAAAGCGCGCAAACAAAUUGGGUCAAGAUAUAACGAACGAUCAGAUCUUGUCUUCGUGAAUGAGAAGUCGAACGCAAGCAGGCCAGUUUACAAUAAUAAUCGAGGACGAGGAAGCUAUGCGACCAACAAAAACAACUACAACUCAAGACAGGUGCAUCAACGACCUUCGACAACCUCAAUCGCAAGUUCGCUUAAGAAGAUCUCUAUUGCAAAUGUCAAAGAAGAAGACAAUUUCAAACCUUGCGUGCCCGAUAAUAAGGAGGAUAUUAAGCCCAUUAUUUCUGAUCAUACGGACAAAAAUGACAAAAUUUUGGAUAAAAAAACAAUUGCAACUUAUCACACGGAAUAUAUAUCAUCGGACGAGGGCUGUGAUGAAGAUGCCUUUCCAGCGUAUGCUGUGGAUGACCAAAUUCGAAAUUUAACUGUAAACGAUAUCAGAGUGAGCGAUGUGAAACCCAAAAUGAAAACUGAAUUAAUAGAGCCCAAAAAAGAGCCCGUCGACAAAUACGUAUCCUCCGAUGAUGGUAACGAUGAGGAAGCCAUACCGGGAUAUGCUGUGGAUGACCGUGUCUUAAAAGUGGACUAUCCCAAGGAUGCUGUUCGUUAUGAUUUUCUACUGCCAGUUCGCGACAUCAAUAAGAGACUUAAGCUAGACGAUCGCAUUCGAGUGCGGCUUAUGACGGUAUCAAGUCCGCACAGCUUCUUCUUUUGGAUACAUGACGAGGAGUACGAUACCUACAAGGCAAUGGCAAUUAAUAUGCAAUUCUAUUAUCGAGAUAUAGAUAUGAAAAAAAUACACUAUUCCAUUGCACCUUGUUAUGCCUGGACAUUUGGGAGCCACUCACGCCAGGGGAACUUUCUGGCAGCGCGUUCGUGUGCUUGCUGUGAAGAUGGGCCAUCCAACGGAUAUUGAGGCAGUGUAAUAUUAGUUCUUGGUAUUAUAAAAAUGCAAUUGAGCUUAGCAUUUAUGUCACAGGUGGAGCUCAUUGAUACGGGCGAGAGAAUGUGGAUUACCCACAGUGAUCUGAAGUAUCUAUCCAAAGAUUUUGCCACAUUGCCAGCUCAAUGUCUUUACGGAAGACUGGCCAAUAUUAUGCCCAGGCAAGGUGGAUACUUUUCUACAGAUGCCAGCAAAUAUUUUUACGAUCUCGUAUCUUACCGCCAACUCUUUGCAAAAGUCGAGAAAAUCAACAAUGCGGAUAACGCCGUUCACAUGAUACUUGUGGACUCGAGUUCGAAACCUGCUGUGAAUAUUAAUGUAACACUCCUCGAGCUAGGAUUGGUGCUCCGCAGCUAUAAUCCUUAAAAUUCUUUUACUAUUAUUAUUACGAUUUUCCAUUUAUAAUUAGUUUUGGUCAUUAAUAUGGUCAUUAAUAUUAAUGAUUUACCUUUAUGUUUGAAAAACGUUGAAAUAUCCCAAGUUUUUGUUAUGAUUUUGUUAAUUUUAAGAGAAAAUUUUAAAGCAAAUUAAGCACUGCAAGCUGAGAGUAUCAAUGAAAGAAUUGAUAUUAUGUUAUGUUAAGGCAAACGCUGUCCUUCUGCAUUUCUUUUAUUAGUUUACGUAUAAUAAAAUACUAAGUUACAUAAAUCGUUAAACAA